UCUUAAUUUCUCUUUCCUCGAUCUCUCCUCCUCUCUCAUCUACCUCUCUCUCCUCAAACAAACCCUAAUCAACAAAAGAAUCGGGAAGUAGACGAAGAUGAAGACCUAGAUUGAACGUCGUUCUUAGCCUAAAUUCGGUGAUGCUGUUCAUGAAGAAUUCGGCGCUCGUCUAACUAUGGUUUUUACUGAAGAAAUUGUCCUUGAACGCGACCUGCUGCUCCUGAACAAACUUACCAAAGAAUUAUCUGACGAUGAACUUAUCCAGGUCAGAGAUGAAGUCUCCAAGUACAUGAUCGAGGGUGACCUGAGGCGAUUCAAUGCUAUAGCAAUUACACGAUUGAAGGAUAUACAAUGCCACAGAGGGAUAAGGCACAUUCAGAGUUUGCCUUGCCGCGGACAACGAACCAAGAACAACUGCAGGACUUUGAAGAGGGGAAAAAGAGUUCAAAUUGCUGGCAAGAAGAAGCCUCCUGGUCCUAAAUAGUUGAACUGGUUUGGAGAUUCAUGGCUGAGGGAGAGGAAGACUUGCCCAGGGAUGCGAAAAUUGUGAAGUCAUUGUUAAAAUCCAUGGGUGUUGAGGAGCAUGAGCCCCGUGUUGUGCACCAGUUUCUAGAGUUGUGGUACAGGUAUGCUGUCGAUGUCUAAACGGAUGCACAAGUUUACUCUGAACAUGCUGGCAAAGCCUCAAUUGACUGCAAUGAUGUUAAGCUUGCUAUCCAAUCAAAAGUGAAUUUCAGCUUCUCACAACCCCCACCUCGGGAGGUAUUUUUAGCUUUCUCUUUACCCCCAUCCAAGUGUUUACGUGUGCAUAUGAUAGAAAUCUACAUUGCUAUGAUCUCAUUGUCUAAAGUUGGGAAAGGAAUGCCACUUUUCUUAAAAAGGUUGACAUGUGGCCAUUUGGGAUCCUAAUUGUAUAAUUAGCAAGAAUUGGAUAUGCGGGAGAGAAUUACUAGUAAGAAUUGGUUCAAGAUAUCAUUUGAUUUGUUAUGUGUGUAGGAUUGUGAAUGUUUUUAUUCAAGGUUUUUUUUUUUUUUUUUUUUCUUUUCACUUGCUUUUUUUUCCCCCACCCCCCUUUGUCAGUAUUUAGAAGUGAUGAUUGAUUCCUCUUUCGACCAUAAUUUGUUUUUUUUGGUAGCAUUAUUCCUAAUUUAAAUUUUUUAAAUUAUCUAGCCCCCUUCUACUGUAUUUUAAGUAUGAAAGUUAUAGAAUUCAAUAGAAAGUCUCAGUCGCGAGAGUAAAACUUUUUACAA